GUUGCUCGUGUGUUUGAAUCUAUCACUGACAAAUCCAGCCUAUUCUAGAUCAGGCCGAGCCUAUCGUCAAUCUCGGAGAACAUCUUCGAAAUGUCAACUCUCGCGACUUUUUCAGGCGCUCUGAAUCUGUCACUGAUCAUCUUAUUUGACAUCACCACCGUCAAGCCUUUCCACUUUGCUGUGGGAUACAUAUUCCUGACUAGAAGGACUGAGACUACAAAUAUGCGGGUUCUGUUCUUUCCACAACUUAAGCGCUAUCAGCACUUCAUUGUGGCAGCUUAUCAUACAGUUAUGAAGCAGGCAAUUUGGGAUUCAGUGACUCUGACCUGCUCACGAGUGAAGCACCCAAUGGUAUGUCCAUAAUUUUGGAGUUUGAUGACCAGAACGCGUUUCACAGUACCAUCACUUCCAAAAAGAAGCUCACAGCGGCCUGCGUUCACCAACUGGUAAACUUGUUGAUCAUCC